ACGAGAGCUCGCUUACAGCGAAACACAGUAAAAUGUCGAGAAGGCGGCAGUCUGCUCUUCUGACGAAGAAGAAGAGCCCCCGCCGCCACCGCCGCAAGAACAGCCAUUGGAAUAUCCUGGCGACUACUUCAUUGACGACAUAGAAGUGGAGCUCCAAACUGUAACCCUUAAUUCAUCAAAUCCUUCCCCAAACAGUAAUAUGUCCACAACGAGUACUCGUUAUCCACCCUCUGAACCCAUACCUCUCGAUGUCUCCGACGACGAACCAAAUACUACUAAUUAUGUUAAUAAUAAUGGUAAUUUCAAUUCGAAUUUUAGUACCAGUAGUAAUAAUUUUUUUGCGGUUUCGGAUUCUCCGGUAAAUGGGUUUUUACAAGGGCUAGGGCUGAGAUUGAAAGGGGAGUGGUUGGAUUCUUGUUUGGGAGCUCUCGAGGCAUCGGUUCCGGGGUUUUUGCGGUUUGUUGAUACAGUAAAAGCGAAGCUUUGUUUUGAGCAGUUCUUGUAUUCGGAUAUGAAUUAUUGUGGAGCUGGGGUACUUCCACCAGAUGUGCACACCUUGCAUUUGGUUGAUCUCAAGGGACCUUUUGUCUUGCAGGUGGAUGAGAUAGUGAAUAUCAGCAGCCCUCUUCGUGGAAGGUACCAGAAUUCUGCGCCUGGAAUGAAGAGGUGUCUCAAAUUGUCCAUGACUGAUGGUGUCCAGCGUGUGUUUGGCAUGGAAUAUAGGCCCAUUAAAGAUCUUGAAGUUCUGGCCCCUGCUGGACUGAAGGUAGCUAUUUGUAAUGUUAAUGUAAGGCAUGGGCUAUUAAUGUUAGUCCCUGAAGUUCUCAACAUUCUGGGAGGCAUGGUUGAGGAGUUGGAUGCAGCGCGACAGAGGCUUGUUAAAGAAGUCAAUAAGCCACCAAGGGGAAAAAGAACUAGGGCUGGGGUGGUUCCUCCUUUAGCAACUAGAGCAACUUCUGCAGCUUGGCCACCACCAAGUGUCAAUGUUCUAGGGCCUAUUGAUGGACCUGCAAGGGAAAGCACAACGCCUUUACAGGCAAACAGGCAAGGAUUUACAUCUGGCAUUUCUGCCAAUGACAGUCAAAGACAAGCUUCUGCAAUUUCAGCAAGUAGGAACAAUAAUGAGACUAGCUCAUCGUCUGCAGGAACUGUAUUUGGCAGGUUGACACAAAGGUUUGCAGUUCCAGUGAGUAGGAACAGUGCUGAGCCUGGCAUUUCUGCCACUGACAAUCAAAGAAUAGACUUUGCAGUUUCAGCAAGUAGGAAUAAUGCAGAGACUAGCUCAUCAUCUGCAGGAACUGCAUUUGGCACCGCUGCAAGCGGCACAGCAACACAAAGCUUCGCAGUUCCAGUGAGUAGGAGCAGUGCUGAGCCUUAUAUACAGUCUGCAGUGCAGCCACCAGACCGUGUCUCUGUUCCUGGGCAUAUUUAUAGUCCUGCUAUGGAAAACAUGACUCCUUUGGAGUCACUGAAGCACGGUAUCCCUGCCAAUGAUAUUACCAGAGAAAACUUCACCAUUCCACUCCCUAGAGAUGAUGCUGAUAAUACAUCAUCUUCUUUAGCUACGGAUGUUGAGGAAAUUUCUGUGGUGAACGAGUUCAAUCACCCAUUCAUACUUUCCGGGGAUAAUGAAAUCCCUUUUACUUACAUGGCUAGUUUAUCAGCUAAGUGGGUAGCAAUGGAGGUCAAAGCCUCCCCUGUUCGAGGAAAAAUAAAGUACGAUUCAUUUUUUUACAACAUAGACUUAAUCUCUUACUUUAAGCUUGCCAGUUAUUGUACUAGUAACAUGGAAUUUUCAGCUGUUUUAAUUUGGGUGAAUGUGAGCAAUGUUGCGUUUAUGAGUUUGCAACUAGAAAGGUUUAAUUGCAGUAUUAAUAUCCAGAUAUCAGUGAUUGAGAUAACCCUUGAUAUAUAUGUUAGAACCAGGGCUGGGGUGGUUCCUCCUUUAGCAACUAGAGCAACUUCUGCGGCUUGGCCACCACCAAGUGUCAAUGUUUUAGGGCCUAUUGAUGGACCUGCAAUGGAAAGCACAACACCUUUACAGGCAAACAGGCAAGGAUUUACAUCUGGCAUUUCUGCCAAUGACAGUCAAAGACAAGCUUCUGCAGUUUCAGCAAGUAGGAACAAUAAUGAGACUAGCUCAUCGUCUGCAGGAACUGUAUUUGGCAGGUUGACACAAAGGUUUGCAGUUCCAGUGAGUAGGAACAGUGCUGAGCCUGGCAUUUCUGCCACUGACAAUCAAAGAAUAGACUUUGCAGUUUCAGCAGGUAGGAAUAAUGCAGAGACUAGCUCAUCAUCUGCAGGAACUGCAUUUCGCACCGCUGCAAGUGGCACAGCAACACAAAGCUUCGCAGUUCCAGUGAGUAGGAGCAGUGCUGAGCCUUAUAUACAGUCUGCAGUGCAGCCACCAGACCGUGUCUCUGUUCCUGGGCAUAUUUAUAGUCCUGCUAUGGAAAACAUGACUCCUUUGGAGUCACUGAAGCACGGUAUCCCUGCCAAUGAUAUUACCAGAGAAAACUUCACCAUUCCACUCCCUAGAGAUGAUGCUGAUAAUACAUCAUCUUCUUUAGCUACGGAUGUUGAGGAAAUUUCUGUGGUGAACGAGUUCAAUCACCCAUUCAUACUUUCCGGGGAUAAUGAAAUCCCUUUUACUUACAUGGCUAGUUUAUCAGCUAAGUGGGUAGCAAUGGAGGUCAAAGCCUCCCCUGUUCGAGGAAAAAUAAAGUGCAUUGUGGCUGGUGUAAAGGCAUUUCAAUACAAAGAAAGGGCUACAUACGAGCUCAGCGUUUACAUUGAUGAUGGCAGUCUUAUCUCUGAAAUCCUUAUAGAUCACAAUGUUGUACAGAAUGCGAUUGGUCAUUCUCCUGAUGAUGUCAGAAGUGCUCUUACUUCAGAAGACGCCAAGCGUGUCAGUGAUAUGAAAAGAACAUUUAAACAGUUUGAAAAAUUUCUGGUAAAUUUUGAGGGGAAUAUGCUUGUUGAGAUCAAUGAUGCCUCUCCUGUUCCGGUUGCCAUUGAAAUGAAUGAGGGCUGUCCAGAAUCCGAUGCUUGGUUGCUUCUCAAGAGACUAAAAUCCUCCAGUUCUGCUCUAUCACGACAAAAUUCCUCUUUGGAUCUUAUCGUCUUAUCCCCUUGAGUGAAUCUGACAUGUGAUUCUCCAUGUAAGCCGAAUUCAUCCAUGAAAUCUGGUAAGAAGGGUUGAAAACCAAUGGCCAUAUGGAGAACUUGUUAAAUUUGAUGAUGUAAUCUCAGAAACGUGGCCAAUGAGGAUAUAUAUUCAACUUAAUUUCAUCUGUGGUAGGCUUAAAUGUUAAUAGUCGAUGAUCAAAAUUGAAAUUAAAGAGAAAGCAAAGUCUUUUACCAGUUAUUUGUAUAUGCAUUGUUCUUAGGGAUUACCACUUCGUAUAUAAAACCUAACACUCGUGAUUAUGUUAUCCAAAAGUUGCUCACACUUUACCUUCAUUAUUGUUCAGUAUUGCUUUCAUGAAAGAUUCUUAACUACACAAUCCCAUUUAGGCUCCUCCAAAGUGCUGUAUUAUAGUCAGAAAAAGGAAAAGAACAAAUUCAUCAUCACACAAUCAUGCUACAUACCACACAAAUUCACUAUUAACACGUUCGAUAUUGAUCUCUCUUCGGGUCAGGUACUUGAAUAUAGGAACCUCUUGGCUCUGCUGAAAUCUACUAGCUUAUUGCCAAGGGUGUCCUUUGGUGAUUCCCCAGGACGGGUGAUGUAUAACAGUCAGUAUUUUCACUCUUAUCAUCUCUGGGCAGAAGAUCUUCCAUAAGAAUGUGGUUCUGAACCAUGCAGGAUCGGUCAUAUCUCUCCCUUGCACAGGAAAUAAUACGAGGUCUAUUAGACACUUACAUUGUAAAAACCCAUAUGCUGUAGCCUCAGAAGUUGGUGUCCAGUUAGGUUUGCAAAGAAGGAAGAGCAGCAUAACCUAUCAAUAGCUACUUUUGUACUCUUUGCUGUAAGUUUUCGUUGUAUGAAGCUUCAAGCUCGAUCAUGGGUCGACUAUGGCAACAGAAGUCAGUGAGAGCGAAUGGCCCUCUAAUGUCAUGGCAUUUCCUUCAAAUUUGUCGAAAGUAUUGCAAAGGUUGCCUUCCAUGACCUUUGAUCUUGCCAUGACUCUUCUCUGAAUCAGUGAUGCCUUCAUCUUCUUCCAGCAUAGAGAAUGACAUCAUUCCGGCAUUAUUAACCAGAUGAACCACUAAAUAGAACACGGAUACAAUAAUGACAUUACACACCUCAUGUAAAAGUAGGUGUACACCUACAAAAAUACCGAUAAAAAAAAAAGUGUACACCUACGAAACUUUCACAAAUGGCAAUGUGAAUUAACUAAAUAUUUUUGUGAUACUGUAUUGAAUCAUCUCAUUUGAAGAUUAUAUAUGUGACACGUACAUAAUCUACACUUAAAUCAGCAAAAAUGAUUCAUUGUUUGAUUAACAACAUUUCUUCAAUCCUCGAAAGAUCUGUGUAGACCACCUAAACAUUGGGGACACUGAAAUUUUCCGUGCCCUUUCGGCCACUUCUUGAAGGCUUCUCUUUUGGCGUACUUGUAGCUGAUUUCAUCGCCUCGUAUGCGUUCUGGGGUAGCUGGCAAUGGCUUUGGUGCAGCUGGUGAGAUGAGCCUUAGGAAACUCAUUUGAGUUUUCAUGUGCAUACAAACUCAAGCCGAAAAUUACAGCUCUUGGUAUGCAUCUUGUUCGUCAAAAUCUCGCAAGCGUACGGGUUCGUUGUAUAAGUAAUAAUCGUGAUGAGAGAGUUGUUGUCCCACAAGGAAUAGGAUUAAUUCUAGUACAUUUAAUAUAUUUAAAUUCGUGUUUGUAACCGAAAGACGAUUGAUGAAUAACUAAUUUUUUUAUAGCUAAAACUUAAGAAAUCAAUGAAAAUUGGUUUUUAAAAACAAUUAAGUGUGUGAACAUAUUGGGUUUCCGACGCCAUUGAUCAAUUUUUAGUUAUAAUUCUCAACCACUAAUAAUUAUCUUAAUUCAUGCAAUUACAACGAUGGAUAAUUCCAUUAUUAUUUAUUAUUCUUUCCUAAAUUAUAAUAAACCUAAAGACGAUCCUAUUUCUAGUUCGAAUUCAUAUGACAAACAUGCAUUUACAUUUAGGAUUAUUACAAAUGA